CAGAGAGGAGGCAGGUGGGCCGGGCUGGCGGCCGCCAGAACCCGCCCGCCCUCACAGAGCUGGGGGCCUGCAGUCUGCCGCUGGAGCAGGAUGCACGCCAAGGCAGGAGCCCCAGGGGUUCCGGGAGCGCUGGCUGUGCUGUGGCUCGGUGCCAUGACCCUGGCCUACCUCCUGUGGCAAGGGCACCUGUCCCCCACCUGGAGCCAGCUGCACCCCGAGGAAGGGCCCACCAGGCCCCGGGGCCACGGCUCCAGCCCCGCCCAGGAGCCCCUGCCAGGGGGGGCCUGGCAGCAGCAGAAGGACGCCUGCCGGCUUGUCCUUGUGGAAAGCAUCCCGCAGGACCUGCCCUCCGCGGCCGGCAGCCCGUCUGCCCAGCCCCUCGCCCAGGCCUGGUCGCAGCUGCUGGACGCCGCCCAAGAGAGCAUCCACGUGGCCUCCUUCUACUGGUCCCUCACGGGGCCUGACAUCGGGGUCAACGACUCGUCUUCCCGGCCGGGAGAGGCCCUUCUGAGCAAGCUGCAGCAGCGGCUGGCCAGGAACGUCUCCCUGGCCGUGGCCACCAGCAGCCCGUCGCUGGCCAGGAAGUCCACUGACCUGCAGGUGCUGGCAGCCCAAGGUGCCCAGGUGCGGUACGUGCCCCUGCGGAAGCUCACCGGCGGCGUCUUGCAUUCCAAAUUCUGGGUCGUGGACGCACGGCACAUCUACUUGGGCAGUGCCAACAUGGACUGGCGCUCCCUGACACAGGUGAAGGAGCUCGGCGUCAUCAUCUACAACUGCAGCCACCUGGCCCGGGACCUGGAGAAGACCUUCCAGACCUACUGGGUGCUGGGGGCGCCGAAGGCCGUCCUCCCCAGAGCCUGGCCUCGGAACCUCUCGUCCCACAUCAACCGCUUCCAGCCCCUCCGGGACAGCUUUGAGGGGGUGCCCACCACUGCCUACUUCUCGGCAUCGCCUCCUCCGCUCUGCCCGCACGGCCGCACCGGGGACCUGGAGGCGCUGCUGGCGGUGAUGGGGGGCGCCCGGGAGUUCAUCUACGCCUCGGUGAUGGAGUACUUCCCCACGACGCGCUUCAGCCGCCCUGCCAGGUACUGGCCGGUGCUGGACACCGCGCUGCGGACAGCGGCCUUCAACAGGGGCGUGCGCGUGCGUCUGCUGGUCAGCUGCUGGCUGCACACAGACCCCAGGAUGUUCCCCGGCCUGCGGUCCCUGCAGGCUCUCAGCGACCCCGAGGCCGGCGUCUCCGUGGACGUGAAAGUCUUCAUUGUGCCCGUGAGGAACCACUCCAACAUCCCGUUCAGCAGGGUGAACCACAGCAAGUUCAUGGUCACCGAGAAGGCGGCCUACAUAGGCACCUCCAACUGGUCGGAAGAUUACUUCAGCAGCACCUCAGGGGCAGGCCUGGUGGUCAGCCAGAGGGCCUCCCGAGCUCGGCCGGGGGUGCCCACCGUGCAGGAGCAGUUACGGCACCUGUUCGAACGGGACUGGGAUUCCCCCUACGCCGUGGGCCUGGACGGACAAGCCCAGGGUCAGGACUGCGCUUGGCAGGGUUGAGGUCCAGCCACACCUGAUUCCCCGGCCCCAUGGCUCCCGGUGGCCUGUCCCCACCCUCACAAGCCCCGCUCAGGCCCAGGACUUCCCAACUCCUGGCAGGUGCAAACUGUUUGCCAGCCCUCAGCUCUCUGAACCAUCCCCUCUUAAACCUCACCUCCUGUAGAGAGCCCUCCAGGAUGCUCCCCCUUGAUCUGAGAGCCAUAGUCCCCACCCACAAGGGGGGGUUGCUUCAGAAGCCCCCUGCACCUCCCUGCCUCUCUGUGUGAGUCCCACAUGGGCUGCAUCCCCUCCCGCUGGCCCCAGGUCGGAGUUCAGCACCCCCGACCCCUUGAGGGUCCACACAGCUGCCGGGUGAAGCUGCUGUCUGCCCGUGUGCCAUGAGAGCCGCUGACUCUCGCUGCUGUCCGGUCCCUGCCCGCAGGAACCAGGGGACGGGGCAGGGGCAGGUGCCGGGACAGGGGGACCCAGGACUGUGAGGGCGGGUCUCGGAGAGGCGAGGUGGGCGCCUGGGCCCGUGGGGUGGUCCUGGUGCGUAGGGGGUCCAGGACUCCGGGCGUCCAGAGAACCUGGUUUUGAGCAGGGGGCGGGGGCAGGGUGGGGACUCGGGUACACGCGUGCUGGAGCCCCCUGUCCUGGGAGCUGCCCUGCAGAGGCGGAGGCCGACACUGCAGAGGCAGGGUCUGAAUCCCGUCGGACACCUCCCUCAGCUCCCGGCCUCCUGCCGGACCAGAGGCCUGUCUCUGGCACCCCAGCCUCCGUCACCUCCUGGCUUCUGGCCAAGGCUUUGGAGCCCACCUGGCCCGUGGAGACCCUGUGGCCGCCCUAGGCUGGAGCUUGGGGCUGGCUCAGUGGUCCAAGGGACACUGGACGCCGAGGGACCUAAGGGAGUGGAUACAAGAUCCUCCUCUCCCCACAUCUUGGGGCUCCUCCUCCCUGCCUCACCCGGUCCCCUCUGCCCCGGAGAGAGCCGGACGGGCUGGGGUGGGGCACCUUACCCAUCCGCAUCCUCAUCGGUGAAGAGGGUCCCCCAACCCAGCCCGCCUCCCCGCCCAGCCCUGCACGCGUCCGGAGGGGGUGUCUGGGGGCCACGUGGCCCUGCAAGGCGUCCAGGGCCUCUGGGAGCUGGUCUGCGUGUGGGCCGCACUUGACCCAGCCAAGCCCCAGCGGCUGCCCAGCCUCCCACCCUGGGCUCACGUGCCGCACGGCAGCUCCCCUCCGGAGCAGACGCCAUCCGAGACCCGCUCUGCUCUCCAAGGCUGCCGGUGUGGGUUUGCCCUCUGCUUCCUGUGUGUCUCAGAGCGCGUGGCCUGUCCCCAGGCUCUGUGCCCCAGGCCAUGCUGGGAUGACGGGUCCAGUGGCCCGGUGGCCAUCAGCCAGUGGAAGUGGUGGCCACACCUCGGUGGCAGGCUUGAAGGCCUGCUCCAAAGCAGACCCCACGGGAGACCCAGUUUGACGAGCCUCAAGAGACGCCCCGGGGGGCCUUGAUGCGGCUGCUUCCGGGGGGGGGGGUGGACACACCCUAAAAUGGUCCCCACACCCCCGCCUCCCGGACCCACACCCGCGUGUGAUCCCCUCCGCUUGGGGGUGCGGAACCCCUGCCUUCGCCUGUAGCCAAUAGAGUGUGCGGCGGUGACCGUGCGACACAAGCUUGUGCCGGCGUCUUGCUGGGAGUCUGUUCCUUGCGGGCGUGAAGGAGCAAACCGCGAGGCCGAGGCCGGGGCGGCAGGGCGCUGACGGUGCCCCGGGCACACGGAGCUGCCCCACUGAACGGUGCGAGCCACGAGAGCCCAGCCCCGGCUCGCAGCCUGUGGGACCCUGAGCAGAGGACCCAGCUGAGCUGUGCUCGGAUCCCUGACCCACAGGGAGGGACCGGGAGGUCUUAAAUGCACAUUGUCUUCGGCUGCCGGUCUGUGGGAGCACGGGGACGCAGCCUGGGUGGGUCCACGCAGCAUCGAGGCCCCGUCGGGAGACUCUGCGGCCCCUCCGGCCUCCGGCGCCAGGGCCCCGGGGCCUCGGGUCUUGACCCCAGCUUCAGGGGAGGCGAGACCCCCCCCCACCUCCGCCGUGGAGUCAGGCAGACCCCCACGGCGGGGUCCCCAGGAGGGCCGCGCUCACCGUGUCUGCAGGACGGAGAGGAGAGGGAGGCUGCCGGCGUCUGGACCGUGGGAUGGCCUCACUGGACUUUUGGGACAAAGACCCCACCGACCUCCUUCUCCGUCCUCAUUCAUGAACUGCCCAGAGGCCUCGUGCCCACUUGCCAGAGGAUUUCACAUCCCCUGACUUGGGUGGCUCACCCAGCCCGCCACAGGGAAAGGCCCAUGUGCGCAGGGGCAAGGGGGAGCGCUCCAGCCCUGCUCCUCCUUGCCAGGGCGGCACCGCGUGGGGGGCUCCCAGCCCAGCUCUUCGCUGCUGCACCCUCCCCUCAGCCCGAGAGCAGCCCUUCCCCUCGGGGGGGCGAGGUGGUGGGUCUCCGGGAGCCAGCAGGGGCAAGAAG